GAGAGAGAGAGAUUUGGUUAUAUAAAGGAGGUUGGGUUGUUUGAUUUUUGCUGUCUAUGAGAGAGAGAAAGAGAGUAAUUAAGGUUUGCAAGUGUGAUGGAAGAACAUGUUGUAAGCCCAUUAGCUGUGAGUCAUCUUCUUCAACAUACGUUGAGAAGUCUGUGCGUCCAUGAAAACUCUCAGUGGGUUUAUGCGGUGUUUUGGAGGAUACUGCCAAGAAAUUACCCUCCACCCAACAGAUGGGAUGCUCAAGGCGGUUAUGACAGAUCAAGAGGGAACAGAAGAAACUGGAUACUAGUCUGGGAAGAUGGUUUCUGCAACUUCGCCGCCACUUCAUCGUCAGCCAGCUAUAUUGCCAAUUGUCAGGGACUUCAACCAGAUCUCUUCUUUAAGAUGUCGCAUGAGAUCUAUAGUUACGGAGAAGGUUUAAUCGGAAAAGUCGCGGCCGAUCAUAGUCAUAAGUGGAUUUACAGUGAACCAAAUGAUCAAGAAAUAAGCUUGUUGUCGUCGUCGUCGUCGUGGCACAAUAACCACUCAGCUGACAUACAACCUAGAACUUGGGAGGCGCAGUUUCAGUCGGGCAUAAAGACCAUAGCUCUUAUAGCGGUUCGGGAAGGAGUUGUUCAAUUAGGAGCUAUUCACAAGGUGGUUGAAGAUUUGAGCUGUGUGGUAUUUUUAAGAAAGAAAUUCCACUAUAUAGAAAGGAUUCCGGGUGUGCUUUUGCCACAUCCGUCGUCGUCGUCGGUAUGUCCUAUCAAGCUGGUCGAUGGGUCUGGCGAGUCAGAUAUAUGGCAGUUCUCUGGAAGAGGAGGAGCAAACCCUGGAUAUGAGCUUUACGAUGGCCACUCGUACUUGAACCAUCAAUUGAUCAGAGUAACUCCCUCCAUGAGCAGCCUUGAGGCUCUCCUUUCAAAGCUACCUUCGGUGGUGCCUUUGCCGCUGCCGCUGCCGCUCAGCUCACAGUCAUCACUGCCACUACAACAGAGGCAAUUACAGUCCAUAUCCAUGGAAAAGGUGGCCAAGGAAGAGAUUGACCAAGAGUUAUAUGUGGAUGAGACCAGCACUUCCAUCUCGCCGCCUUAUCGCUAUCAUUGUCAAAAUCAAGAAUUUUAGCUGCUAUGACAUGCAUGCAUGUCUAUAGUUCUAUUUACAUUGUUGACAUUACCCACCAUUUUUCCCCUGUGCAGCUUUGGAAAAGAGAUUUUAAACGGGAAAAGUUGUUAAAUCUCCAUUCAAAUAUAUACUAGAAAAAUAAUUAUAAUAGGUUCUGACA